CUCUAUAUAGAUGAUAAUAUGAAAUGCUUUUACACUACAGCAUAAUUUCUUGUAAAAAAAAUAGCCAUUCAAAUGAAAGAAAUACAUGUACAUGUAGCCCCCCCCCCCAAUUCUAUUAUCACCCCUAUUUUGAAUAAAAAUAUGGCCCCUAAAAUUAGAAAUUAUUUCCUACCUUGUGUAGCUGUUUUGCACAUCCGCUCAGUCAGAAAUACUAUGGAAGCAUUUUGUGAAACAGAUAGUGAGUUUUACUGACUUUGUUAUAAGCCACUGAAAUCCUUGCCUCUGAUUGGCUGAUAGUGAAUUAGUCAGUGGUAAUCGCUGACUAAACUCUUCAAGAAAUGCUCUCUAGGGUAAUAUUUACAGCUUUUAUACAUGUGUGAUUCAUGCCUGAGUCCAACAUUUUCAACUCUGUAGAAGUUCUGGGAUUAUCUAAUUUUUCUUUUCACCUUCUGAAAGUUUGAUGCUUUUUGUAUAGAUAUUAAUUUUUUUCAACAAUGAUUCCAUUUUAAUGAUAAUGAUUUGUACAGCAUACUUUCCAUCAGAACAUUUCAGUACAAAUUAAUGACAACAGCAUUACAAUAAUUACAGAUAAACAUUGCAAAUAAAACUGUGCUGGUCUUUUAUCCUUUAAUUGUUAUCUUUAUUUUCCAUUACAGUGCAGAGUCUCGGUGUAGACCCAUCUCUGGAGGUAGACUUGAUUCAAGGAGUUUAUAUGAGUGCUUUAGAUUCACCGGACGUUGCGCAGGUAGCUGGACAUCCGCAUAGCAAUGGACCAGCUUUUCGUUUUGAAGGUGAAUCCAGAACUAUUGAAGCCAAUGAGGAGACCUAUCAGAAACUGAAGAAUCUUUUGUCAGGAAGAGUGCCAGAAUUCACUGUCAUAGCGACGGUGAAUCAGAAGAAGAGGAAUAGCGGCAGUAUCAUGUCAAUUACUGUCAAUAGAAUACGGUACAUGGAAAUCUUUGCCAGCACAAGGAACAAGGAAUUCCGUUUCUACUACACUCACGAUGGACAGGUCCUGAUGGAGUCCAUCCCGUACCCUUUCAAAGCCGAGCACUGGUACAAGCUCGCCGUGACCGUCAGCGGAUCUCAACUCAAACUCUCUGUGGAUUGCCAGGAGAAUACCACGAGGCAGAUCAGACUACCGGAUUUGGAUUUUGAUAAACCGGGAUUGACGGUUUACCUAGGACAGAGAUCAGAUAGAACAUACUUUAAGGGCACUCUACAAGAUGUGAAGCUGAUAGCCUCAGCUCAAGGCUAUGUUGCUCAGUGUCCUUACAUGGGUAGGUCGUGUCCUACAUGUGCAGAAUAUCACACAAUGGUUGAGACUAUAACAAGACUAGAGAACAUGCUGCAUAAGAUGGAACUCAAGUUUCAAGUUGCCGAAGCGCGGAUUGAAGAGUUAGAAUCAUGUUCAUGCGUUAAAGACUGUCAGGUCAACGGUGAAACUGUCCAACACAAUUCGCAGUGGACUGAAGAUUGUCAACAAUGCACAUGCGAGUCUGGCCAUGUGAGUUGUGAACCUGUUGCCUGUGCACCUGUCUAUUGCAAAAAUCCUAUCUACCAGCCUGGAAACUGCUGUCCAAUUUGCAAAGCUAACUGUACCGUAUCUGGAGUGACCUAUCACCAUGGUGACGUGUUCCAGCAAAAGACAUCCAGAGGUGCUCUACAGAUCUGCACGGUCAAAGAAUGCAAUAAUGGUGGAACAAGUACCCAGAGGCAGGAUAGCGUUAGUAACAUGUGUCCUACCCCAUCCUGUCCCGUAUCAGAGAGGUUUACAGUGCCCGGAAGCUGCUGUGAAUAUUGUCAAGGGACUGAUUACUGUGCCCAGGGCCACAGCUGCGUUUCUCCCAAGGUUUGUGUGAACACGCCCACAUCCAACGAAUGUCUGUGUCCUACAGGCUACUUAGAGGUGAACGGUAACUGCACCGAUAUCAACGAGUGUGUCGUGAGCGAGACGCAGCCCGAUCCACACUGCUACGAGGGUACGCUGUGUGUGAACAUGCCCGGCGAAUACAGAUGUGAUUGCAAGCCCGGCUAUGAAAGGGUCACAGAUACACAGUGCAGACAGAUUGAUGAAUGUGCUUCUGGGACACACAACUGUGAUGCUAAUGCUGAGUGCACUGAUACUGAUGGUAGUUUCACCUGUACUUGUCAGCAUAGAUACUACGGAGAUGGGACAUACUGCUUCCCGGUGUGUGGUAGAGCUUGUCAGAAUGGAGGAGUGUGUAUCAGACCAUCGGUGUGUGAAUGCCCUCCAGGCUAUGAAGGAGAAGCUUGUGAAAUAGACAAGGACGAAUGCACGAAUGGAGAGAGCCAAUGUACUGGUCACUCUCACUGUGUCAACCUCCCAGGGAGCUACCAUUGUGAUUGCGAUUCAGGGUACGCCAGCGACACCGCCCAUAUUGACUACGGGGCUUCGUGUGCAGAUAUUGAUGAGUGCGAUACAUCCAACACAUGUGAUAAGAGUCGUCUAUGUAUCAACACGGAGGGGUCGUACGAGUGUCGAUGCUCGGCUGCUAGUAGCUGCUCUACUGCAUGUCGUACGGAUUGGGGCAAAAAGGGCAACGGAGCUACGUGGGAUACUGGUCUCUGUCAGACCUGUACUUGCCAGGUUGGUGUGGUGACAUGCACACCUCAAGUUUGCGAUUGUAGCGAUCCAGAGAUCGAUCCGAUCUGCUGUCCGAUGUGUGUGUCGGAGAUUCAGCAGUGCCUGCAUCAAACAUCGGCUAUCACCUACAACCAUCGGGAAUGGUGGAACCACGACUGCAAAGAUUGUCAAUGCUUGGAAGGAAGCAUCAAAUGCAAGCCUGUACAAUGUGAGACAUUGAACUGUCCGAACACCUAUACUCCCGUGGAUGAAUGCUGCCCUCGCUGUCAACCACACAGUGAAUGCGACCUCAUGACCUCGGGGCCAAAGGUCGCAUCGCCUUCGACGUGCGUCACAGAUACAGGAAUGGUUUAUUCACACAAGGAGAGGUGGUUUUUAGAUGAGGAUCAUUGUUCAGAAUGUGUGUGUAAGAAUGGAAGUAUUUGUUGUGCUUACAACAGUGCGUGUGCCCCCUGAACAUAAAACGUAACACAUGGGACUAAGGACAACUACGAGAGACAGCAAUAUGAUGUUCAUGUGGGACUACAUGAACAAGAGAUGUUGGACAUGUUGUAAACCAAGAUGAUUGUAUAUACUGAUGAGUUAUGAAACGGACAAGUUUGCGCCAAUGUGUCUGUAUAUAGCAAUAGCAAAUAUAUGACAUUCAUUUAUACAAAAAUACAUGUAUGUGUCAGUUUGUAUAUAAAUUGGUGAUUAUUUUGUAUUUAUACAUGAAUAAUGUAUCUUCCAUAUAUUACGUCGUGUUGAAAGAAGUCACGGUUUUGUACUACUGAUAUUAAAAUGCAAGUGGUUCAUUUUUAGCUCAAUUGUGCUGCUUUUAAAUCUUCAUUUGAAAUUUAUGAUUUUCAGAUGUAUAUUAUUAUUAGUCUUGCCAGUAUAUACCUCAGCCACGGUCUGAAAUUUUGUAUUUUUAUUUAUUUUUGACAAGCUACAUACAAUACGUACAAAAGAGUAGGCUACAAAAUAAUGCACAUUAUCGAGGGCGUUAGUAAAAAUUAUACGCAUGAGAUAUAUUUGGAACAGUUCUAACUGCGUUUGGGCUGUUUCCAUGGUAACAAGUGUGUGUAAUUAUUCUAAUUCCCUAGCAAAAUGUUUUGUAAGAUAACAAUAUGGAUACUUGUUAUUUGAUAAACCGUCCUCAUCUCAAAACCAUUACUGGUCGUUAAAACUAGUCAUUUGUACCAGUUAUAUAUUCCCGUUGGCUAAAGAUAAAUGAUUGGUCACAUGAUUGAUUUCAACCAAUCAUUUGAUAAGGAUCCAUAUUAUCAUUUUCUAAUAUCUGUUAUGCGAAUGUACACAUAUUUCUGCAGCUUUCUAGAGACUUCCAUUUGUCACAUAGGCAUAUAGACGUUUGAAGCAUUUAAAAAAUAUGCAGGGAUAAAAAAAAAAAACCUGUCGAAAGGACAAAUUACCCCCAAAGGUUUGAAAAUGUAACUUUUAAUGUACAGACUUGGGGGAAAACAUACAGAAAAUGUUAAUUUUCCCCUUUGUAGAGAGAUACAUGUAUUUGACUUUGUGAACUAUAGUACUGAAUUCAAAUAGCCCAUUGAGACACUAAGUUAUAUUUGCCAUCCCUCCACGCUAGGUCUUAACCACCACCCCCUUCCUGACCCUAUGGAGGUGCUGUGGUGUAGUAGUUCUGACUCUCGCCUUGUAAACAGAGGGUCGUGUGUUUGAAUCCCAUUAGUCUGUCGUCCUUUGGCUAGGCGUUAAUCCACACUUUGCCACUCUCGACCCAGGUGCUGAAUGGGUACCCGGUAGGAUGUGAAAGUCAUUGUAGCUUGUCCAGUACUGUGUGUGCCUCACUGGCGACUGACUGGAAUUCUCCCCAGGGAGUCGAGGAUGUGCACACAUUGCGUGCGGAAAGACCGCGGAAUCCGAUGCGCGAUCGAAGGCCAAGAUAUCGGGGGGGGGGGGGCAGAAUCCCCCCUCCCCCGCCAUAGCUGUCAGAGGGGUCCAAAUAACCCGGCUCUUUUAGGGUUAAAAUAACAUGGCCUUACUCUUGCUCCACUCGGAUGGGAAAUGGGGAUGUACAUGUAGUAGGAUUGUCAAAAUUGUAUUUAGUGUAAAAUAGCAAACAUGCAUAAAUCCUCGCUGUAUUUUUUUUUUUGGUGGUAGUUUUUCAGCUUACAUAUUAAGUUUAUUUUAUGCUCUUUAGCUGUAUAUUACAAGCUUAUGGAAAAUAGGUAUUUAUGAAUGAUGUAUUUUGUGUCAAAGUUGCCUAUGUGUACAUAUUUUGUUCAUAAUAUUUUGUUAUAGUUUUAUAUACAUUAUUGAGUGUAUCAUGCCAUGAAGAAACUUCAACUUUUAUGUAAUUAUCAAUAUGCAAUCAUUUUUGUUUCAAAGAUUUUUAUUCAUAGCUCUGUGGAUAAGCUGGUAUUAAAACAAACCUGUAGAUGGCUUUUACAUUGAUACCAUAUUCUACAUUAUGAUUGAACAUUUAUCUUUUAUUAUUCAUUUUUCUCUUUCAGAAAUGUUCAAUUCUUUUUUCUAUUAAGAGUCUACGAAAAUAAUCCAUCGAUAUAAAAAAGCUGGAAAGAGUAACAAAGCGCUCUUUUGGGGUCAUUAAAAGUACCCCAAAAGGUCAAUGGGUGAUUUCAAAUUCAGUGUUGACCCUUUGUUGUUAGGUCAUUUUUUACACGAGUAGAACACCAAACAUAAAAUGAAGAUGGUCCCAAAAAGUCACUCACUAGUUGCGGAGGUGUCGAUAAUGUGAUCUGGAUCAGUUUUACAAACUCAGAAUAGGUUUUGGAGCUACAUGUAGGGGAGGCAAUCCAAAUUGUGCUUCCAUCACCAAAACCGGACUUGAAACCACCCAAUGACACACAAAAGUUUUCCUCUCGUGUGCGUGCUGUUUCUUACAUGUUGGUAUGGUCCCAUAUACUGUUGUGUCAUGGAGUACUUGUAGCUUCAAGGUCAUAUGUGCAGCAACACGCAACAAGCUCCAUCCAGCUUUUUGAUGUCAAUGAAAUAAUUCCAUGCUUAUCACAACAUAUAAGAAAAGACAAAUCACAAAGAAGACUGCCUAGGAAGUUCAUGACUUUAAAAACAGCUACUUCAUUCUGUUCAUGUACUUUUCUAUUUGGGCAAGCAAAGUUAGCCAGACUACAUUCACAAACAGUUAAAUCUGCUAAUCGCCCAAGUUGAAGCAAUUUCCCAGACCAGGGCCCGUAACACAAAGCUUUUGAUCGUAGAAACACUUUUCUAUGAUUGAUUGAAUUGACUACAAAAACACAAUCGUAAAAAUUAAGCGUACGAUCAAUCGCUAACCUUUGUGUUACGGGGCCCAGGGCGGCAUAACACAAAGAUUAGCGAUUAAUCACUAAUUUGAAAGAACAAUUCUGAUUGGUUCCUAGUCAGUCUACUGAGCAAAAUGCACAUGUAACGAUGGUCUUGAUAGGCCAUUUCAUUAAGCAUUAUUGCUAACCAUUGUGUUAGGGGCCCAGAUUGGCAAAGCUUGUGUUUUUACCUCUUUUUCAUGUACAUGUAAAGACAAUUUACAUGUAGCACCAAUCGACCAAUUGAUUUGAUCAUCUUACACUAUAUAGAAAUCCAAAAAUGUCAUAAUUUUUUCUCCAGGAAAUUUGCAUGAAAAGAGAAGCACACCAAACUUUAAAGAAAACAAUGAAUGUAUCAUUUUACAUCACAUCUAGAAAAUAUUUGGAAGAAACAUGCAUUUCAGAUGUUGACGUUGCUGGCUUUCCAUAGCUGCGAUUGAUCAGAUCAAUCGUAACUCUUUGUAAGACGGGGCCCAGAUUUUUGUCGUCCGAGAGAAUUGACUUAGCUGGACUCACCGGUAUGGUUCAGUUAUAUUCUUCCAUAAUGCAGCCUUAAGGACGUAUUACCUUGUCCUGUUACUUGAAAGAUACAAAUCAAUUUUAAUUGUAAGUCUCUGAAAAAAACCAUGCAUAACAAUUAAUAUUAGGAUUUAUUUUAAGUCUGUUUUUACAGGCUGCUGUUGACGUUCUAUGCGAUACAAGUUUACUUGCAGAAACCAAUUUUCUGUACGUCAAAUAUUCGUCCAAGUAAAAACAACUUUAUAGCUCAGAUUAUGCAAAAACAUUUUAUGUUAAUACCUCUUCUAUUAAAGUCAAAAGUCAAACCAUUUCUUUGGUCUCAAAUAGAUUUGAUCAAGGAAAAUGCAAUAAAUGACUUCAUUGUCUUGCAGUACAAAUAUAAAAUGUAAUAUGAGGGAAAAAUCACGACCCAAUAAAUUUAUUACUUAAAGAAUACAUUA